UCAUGGGUUUUUAUUCUACAGGCGCCACGUGAACCAGAUGAACUUCCUGCUUCAAAAGAAAGCAAAAAUAUAUGUUCCUAAGUUAGAAACAAUGCAAGGCUGAUUCCACUUUGGGAUAAUGGCAGGAAAAGUAAAGUGGGUAACUGACAUAGAAAAAUCUGUUCUAAUAAACAACUUUGAAAAAAGAGGAUGGAUUCAGGUGGCAGAAAAUGAAGACUGGAAUUUUUAUUGGAUGAGCGUCCAAACAAUCAGAAAUGUGUUCAGUGUGGAAACCGGUUACCGCCUCUCCGAUGACCAAAUUGUCAAUCAUUUCCCAAACCACUAUGAGCUGACCAGAAAAGAUUUGAUGGUAAAGAAUAUCAAGAGAUACAGAAAAGAACUUGAGAAAGAAGGAAGUCCUCUUGCAGAAAAGGAUGAAAAUGGGAAAUAUAUUUAUUUGGAUUUUGUUCCUGUGACUUUUAUGCUUCCUGCCGAUUAUAAUCUCUUUGUUGAAGAAUUCAGAAAGAAUCCCUCCAGCACAUGGAUUAUGAAACCUUGUGGCAAAGCUCAAGGAAAAGGAAUAUUUCUAAUCAACAAACUCUCCCAAAUAAAAAAAUGGUCUCGAGACAGCAAAACAUCUUCGUUUGUGUCUCAGUCUUCCAAAGAAGCCUAUGUGAUUUCACUCUACAUCAACAAUCCCUUACUAAUUGGUGGAAAGAAAUUUGAUCUUCGUCUCUAUGUUUUGGUGUCUACCUAUCGUCCACUGAGAUGUUACAUGUACAAGCUUGGGUUUUGCCGGUUUUGCACAGUGAAAUACACACCAAGUACAAGUGAACUGGAUAACAUGUUUGUACAUCUUACAAAUGUUGCCAUUCAGAAACAUGGGGAUGAUUACAACCAUAUCCAUGGAGGCAAGUGGACAGUGAGUAACUUACGCCUCUACCUGGAGAGCACCCGUGGGAAGGAAGUCACCAACAAAUUAUUUGAUGAAAUCCACUGGAUCAUUGUGCAGUCCCUGAAGGCGGUUGCGCCUGUAAUGAAUAAUGAUAAACAUUGCUUUGAGUGUUAUGGAUAUGACAUUAUUAUUGAUGACAAGCUUAAACCUUGGCUAAUUGAGGUUAAUGCUUCCCCUUCUCUUACUUCCAGCACUGCUAAUGAUCGCAUCUUGAAGUAUAAUCUUAUUAAUGACACGCUUAACAUUGCUGUGCCUAACGGGGAAAUUCCUGACUGCAAAUGGAAUAAAUCUCCACCAAAAGAGGUUCUGGGCAAUUAUGAAGUCUUAUACGAUGAAGAGAUGGCGCAGAGCGACGGGACUGACCGCGACCUGCGGGGCCGUCCUGGGCAGCCCACGGGGGUCAAAGGAAGCCGUGCAAGAGAUUCAGGAAAGCCUGUCCUGACCACCUGGAAGUGAUGACAGAAGAAACAGCUGCAUUCUUGGUAGGACGGCAUCAAGAAUAACUUGAGGUUUUGGAACAGAUUCCUAUGUUUUGGUACAUUCAUGUAGGAAAUACUAAUGAAGACAAAACAGCCUUUGAAAAGUGAAACAAAUGCUCAAAACCCAGGAACUGUACUAGACAUAUACUGACCUGAUAAUUAUUACAAUAGAUAUAGAGUGUGUAUGUAUAUACAGUUCUGUUUAUAUGAUUUGUAUAAACUAAUUCUCAAUAAUGAUCAAGAGCUUUAUUUAUAAAGUGGCAAGUCAAAUGCACAUUCUGAAAGAAACUCCUUGCUGUUCUGGAUAGUAUUUAUUUCCUCUAGUAGCCUAUCCCUUCCUGCCUAUAAUAAAUGAGCUGUGGAUUCUAUAAAAGGAUGAUGGUGGUAAACAUUAAUUUUUUCACAGUGAUGGUUCAUAUUCUUGUAGUAAAAGAAAAGCAACUAGAAAAAAAUAGCAGUACAUCUACUUGAGGCUGUUGCCAGUUAAUGCAGCUAUUGAUUUAUAACUAGUAUUAAAAAAUUGAAAAGCAAGUCCUUAUAUGCUGAGGGUUAGGGGUUUUUAUUUCCUUUAGGUGUUCUGAGCUCCUAACUCUUUAAAAGUAGGAAGUUUUAUGGACUGAGGGAGUAUUUCGAUGGUAUAUUGAUGGACUGUUUCACUAGUCAUUAAUUUUUAUUUUGAGAUAGUGCAUGUCUGUGAAAAACAGACAGAACAAAGAUACUGUGAUAAAUUUCAUUGCUUGAAGCUGAUGAUUAAUCUUUAUUUACACCAGAAUCUCUCAGUGUAUUUAUGCAUGUAUAUAAGCCAAAUAUCUGUAUAUUUUUGUAUAUUUAAUUUACAAAGAUUGUUGCACAUGGCAAUCUAUGUUUGAUAGCUAUGUUAACAGUUGUGAUGAUUAGCUACCAAAACUAAGAUGCAAAACUUAGCUACCAAAACUUAGGAGCAAAAGAUAAAAAUGGAUAUUUCAGUCUUCUAACAACAAAGCAUAUGAAUAAACUAGUGGGGUCUGUGAUUGGCUGUUGCUUCCACUUGACUUCAAACAAGAUAUUGGGUGGUUAUUUAUAAAUGGUAACAUGCAUUGGUUGGGUUUAUUCUCCUCUCUCCCUCCCUCCCCCUUCUUCCUUUUUUAUUUUUUUUCUUUUUUGUAAAGUUUAACUCUCCCAGGGUUUUUAGUUUCUUGAACAUCUAAACCAGACCACCUGCAACUGCACCACUUCACCUGUUUUGGAAGAUCCUCCUAGAAGAGUGCAGCAAACCAUGGUCUCCAGGACAGCUGAACACAGUCUGGCCAGAGCAGCUUGUGUUGGGGAGGAAGGGCAGGUGUGGGCUGGGCUGACCAAUACCCUUACACAGAAUCUGGGGCUAAUCCUGGCAGUAAAGAAUGAAAUCUGUCGGCUGAGUAACUCCAAGCAGUCUUCAUUGAUCUUGUAUAUUCCACUAAAAUAAAAUCUAACUGGUUCUCUCUUCA